AAAAUCAUUCAAGUUGUAUUAUAAUAAUGAAGAACAAAAUAAUUUGGUUACUUAUAUCAAUGGUCUUAGUGCAAGAGAGUAAAACGUCUUGUGCAGAGUGGAAACAACCUGAAACAAACUGUGUCAAUGAUUUUGCAAAUCAAACAAAUUCCCUUGCAAAAUAUGAUAAUCCCGAAAAGUUGGUACAAGAAAAGUUAGAUGUUUUUGAUAAAAGAAUGGAAGAUAUACGUAGAAUGAUUGAGCUUGCACUGUUGAGCCAAACGGAGCAAAAUAUUAAGCGAAAUGUGGAUUUUUUAGAAAGUUUACAGAAUGUUGAACAUCAGCUAGAGAAGAUUAAAGUGCAAGAAGCACAGUGGGAUCACAACUUAGAUAAUCAUAACAACUUAACUAAGGCCAGUUCGAAAAAGGUGAAUUCAGAUUGCAUAGCCAAACUUCUAAAUAUUGAGCAGCUGCUGAAGGAAAAGUUUGAAGAGCAGGAAGAGAAGUUGAAACAAAAACUUGAAAUUCAAAAUAAAAUAACUAAAUCAUUAUGGCAGAAGCAAAUUGAUAAUAUUAAACCGAGAAUUGAUUCCAUGGUCAAGUCUGACAGUUUGAAGAUAAUACAGGAAAAAUUUGAAACACUUCAAAAAGCUAUGGAAACUCAAAUAUCUAACUCCAUAACACAAUUUGAGAGUAUUAAAAAUCAGAUGCAAGACAAUGUUGAAAAUUUUAGAAAAAUCGGUUUAAAAUAUUAUUAUAUUGAGCAAUCAGAAAAUUUAAGUUGGUAUGGAUCAUUUCAUAAAUGUCUGACCUUGGGUGGACAUUUGGUUAGUAUCACCAAUCUAUCUGAGUUCAACGCAAUCACAACCGGAUUGCAGCCGCACAAACAUUACUGGAUGGACGUAAAUGAUCUUGGUACUGAGGGACUCUAUCUUUCGGCAGCCACCGGUCUUCAAGCAACCUAUCUCAACUGGCAUACAGAUAACCCAGGUCAUAAUAUUACUAAUCACUGCGGCGAGUUACGGUUUCAUGAAAAUAAGCAUUUAAUGUACAUUAGUGAUUGUAAUGAUAAAGAACUUUUUAUUUGUGAAUUUUAUUAUCAAUAAAGUUGAUUACGCAUCAUAAUAAAUAUAA